AUGGCCGUGCGGCGAGCCCUGGGCCGCCUGCUUGGCAACCCGCUGAGCGAGCGCUCCUGCGCGAGCCCAGCCGCCGUCGAGUGCCUGCACCGCGCCGUCGAGCCCCAGGGCGCCGCCCAGCCUCUGUGGCAGCACGCUGCCACCCCGCCCGUCCACGCCUCAGCUGCGCCCCCCGCGGCCUCCGCAGCGCUCCGCACGGGGCCGACGCUGCCUCCCCGGCAGCUCUUCACCUCCUCGACGCCCCUCAACCCCGUUCCGGGCACCCCCGCCCGCGAGCGGCUCGCGGAGCCGGCCUUGACCGAGCCGGCAGCCGAGGCUGAAGGCGCGUUCCCGUACGUGAUCCACGUCCACACUGGGGACCAGCGAGGAGCGGGAACGCACGCCGGAGUCGUCAUCGGCAUCGUGGGCGAGCUCGGGUGCUCCAGCAACCUCAGCAUUCAGCACAGCCCGGGUGAGGACGAGGACGCGGUGCUCCUGGAGCGUGGCACGACGCGCACGUUCACCGUGCACAGCAGCGAGGACCUGGGCAAGCUGCAGACCGUCUACGUGAAGCGGCAGAAGGUGGGCGUGUCCUGCUCGCUCGGAGCCGGCUGGUUCCUGGACAAGAUCGACGUCGUGGACCCCAAAGGGAAGGUCUGGACGUUCCCGUGUGAGGCGUGGUUCGGCCUCGACAACGCGUCGGGCGCGGAAGGGUCCCUAGAGCGCAACCUGCUUCCCCUCAUCGACGAGCCGCAGUUCGACGACGGCAGCUUCAUGGAGACCGACGUCGACGAGAUGGCCAUGGAGGGCGACAACACCUUCUCGGGGAUCGCCAAGGGGAAGCCGGCGCCGGAGCCGAUCUCCGUCGCGAUCUCCGCGCUGGCCAUCCCCGACCGCUCGAAGGUCGCGCAGGGCACACGCGCCAUCAACCGCAAGGGGUUCGGCUACGGCGGCGAGGACUCCUACUUCUUCUGCGAGACGGAGAAGACCAUCGGCAUCGGCGUCGCAGACGGCGUGUACGCGUGGCGCGACCAGGGGAUCGACCCGGGGGAGAUGUCGCGGUCCCUGACGGGCCACGCGCGCGAGGCGGUGCUGUCAGGCCUGACAGACCCCCUCCUGAUCCUGUCGAACGCGUGGUACAAGGCGUUCCACGAGGGGGCGCGCGGGAGCUCCACCGCGACGGUCGCGACGAUCAACAAGCACCGCGGCUCGCUCUCCUCGGCGCUCCUGGGGGACUCUGGGUUCAUCGUUGUCGGGACUACCCCGGGGAGGCCCUUCCGCCACGUCAAGUACCGCUCCCCGCACCACGAGCACUCCUUCGGCCACCCGUUCCAGCUCGGCCACCACGAGCACUCGGACAGGCCCGAGGACGCGCUCAUUGCCCGCGUCCCCGUCGGGGCGGGGGACGUCAUCAUCAUGGGCUCGGACGGGCUGUUCGACAACGUGCACGACGAAGACAUCCUCCGGGAGGUGGACGGGACGCUGGAUGUCGCGGAGAGCAAGGGGCGCGCGGCGAGCUCCAGCGCGAUCGCUCAGCGCCUCGCGAAGCUCGCGUUCGAGGCCAGCAUGGACCGCCGCGCCCAGACUCCCUACGCCAUAGCGGCCACCGAGGCCUUCGACCUCGUGUUCAGCGGCGGGAAGCCGGACGACAUUACCGUGCUCUGCGCCAUCCUCUCGUGA